UUUGGUAUUGAUAGGCACCGGUGCUUAUUAACUUCUAGUUUCGAUUUAAUAAUUGUUUGAUAUCAAGUUGGUGCCUGAUUCAACAAUGCCUGCACAACAGAAACGUAAAAUUGUAAGAGGUUUCCAACAAAUCGUCGCUCAAAAUGCGGCAACGGUUCUGUUCUAUCGGAACAUGUCGCUGACGUGUGGCGCCUUCUACAAUACCUUCUUUUUCUUUUUUUUCUAUGAUCAAAUGAGCCCCUUAGUCAUGUCCAUGAACAUACUGACAACUUUCAUCUACAUCACUUGCUACCAUUUGAUGAGAUACAUCAGCCGCCCGGAGUAUUCCCUGAUGACUUACCAACUGAUUGACCCCGGACACGACCUCAACCAGAGCGGUGGCAUUGGAGAGCAUUUGAAGGAUAUCGUGAUCAUUACCUCAGUCACUCACUUGAUGGCCCUUUUCUCAGACAAGUUUUGGCUGACCCUUCUUUUGAUACCAGUGAAAUGUUUCUGGGUUUUCUGGGUAACCAUACUCGGACCCUGGUUCACUUUGGACGAGAUUGAAGAAAUAAGACGCCAGAAGACUGAGAAGGAUCGUAACCAGUAAACGCUUGAAUGUUAUGUCCCUU